AUGCAGUUCGUGGAUGCACAUUGCCAUCUCCAUUUCCCGAGGAUCGCAAAUGUGGUGAACACUCUCAUCCAGAGUGCCAAGGAACAAGGAGUUCGGUACUUUGCAGUGAAUGCCACAUCGCCCGAGGAUUUUGGAUGGGUCGACGCGAUUGCCGACUCCAAUCCGGAAGUCAUUCCGUUCUAUGGAAUCCACCCCUAUUAUCUCAGUGAGGAAACCUGGGAAACAGCUUUCGAGGAAUUAGAGAAGAGAAAGGAUGCUCUAAGAUACAUCGGGGAAAUUGGAAUGGACAAAUUGAUUGUUUCGCGUGUUCCUUUCUCUCUGCAAGAAAGAUGUUUCAAACAGCAAGUUCAUCUGGCGUCUUUGCUGUCCAUUCCGUUCGCUGUGCACUGCGUGAAGUGUGUUCCAGCAGUCUACUCGAUUCUAAAGGAGGAAGGACCCUUUUCAUCCUCCUUUCUGAUGCAUGGAUACGCUGGACCUCCAGACUAUGUACAGAAGCUGGCAGAUUUGGGAGCCUAUUUUUCGAUUUCGGGCUAUUUGUUCAACCUGUCUCCGAAAAGGAGAAAAGCAAUGGAAGAUACGAUUCGAAAAUAUCCUCUGGAUCGAAUAUUGCUGGAAAGUGACGCUCCGGAUAUGGUAGGACGAGUGGAGAGAAGGGUUAGGAGUAGUGCAUUAAGGACUCAGUAUCGCUUUUUGAUGAAGCAGGUGUAG